AUGAGUGAAGAUGGGGAGGCCAAGUGGCCUUGUCCGCAAUGCACGUUCUUGAAUCCGGAUUACAGCCCCACCUGCGAAAUCUGCGACAUCACGAGAACAGAUGCCGACCUCACCAUCCAGGUCUAUGCGAACGACCCACCCUCGCACGACGCGGGGCCAGCGUUGGGCCAACAUGUCGCGCCCGACCAGACGCAGCUGCACAACGAAAUCGCUGCCGAUGUUGAUUUCUCGUCUGUGCAGAAAGACGACACCACCCUGUUCGCGCCAGAGACCAUACGCGCUGCUACGCGUUCCUACUCGGACAUCACACCCCCCUUCGGCGAUGAUGACGACGGCGCGCUGCUGUACGAGGAGGAGCCUGCGCAGAUGGGCGCCACCUCCGCCGACGCCGCCACACUAACGCCCGAGGAGGAGCUGGAGCUGCAGCGCUACUGCGACUCGAUCGAGUUCCCCUCGCCUCCCCAGGACGAGGCCCAGGGCCUGGAGAACCUGGCGGAGCACUUGAGGUCGGCCUACGCGGGGAAGUCCUACCUGGAGGUGCUGCGGGAGUACCCCGAGGGCGCGCGGAAGCUCUACCACCGCUACUUUGCGGUGGUGUGCCCCCUGAAGAACCUGUCGUUCGCCUCGGCCAUUGAGGCCUGGGACGCGCUCAGCUUCGACACAGUGUUCAAGUCCUACGCCGAGUGGAAGGAAUUCCUCCUCCAUAAGCAGAAGCUCAAGGGCAGCAUCAGCAAGGCAUCUCUCUCUCUCUCUCUCGCGUACCACACCGCUACCGACGGGUGGCAAAUGCUAUGGGCCUUCGCCGAGAGCGAGGAUCGGCUGCUGAACGAAUACUCGACCGACGAGGCGUGGCCCAGCAUCAUCGAUUCGUUCGUGGAGUGGAAGUACGAGAAAGAGGGACGCACCUUCAAGUCCGAGUCGGCCUUCACGAUCGAUACCUCCGCGUUCGACUACCGAUGGAACACCACCAACGGCGAUUCGUCGUCACGCACGGGCGACUCCCCGUCCGCCUUCCUCUCGUCCAGCGUGGGCGGCGCGUCGUCGUCGGUCUCUUCGAUGUUCUCCACCAGCUACUCGUGGACCUCCGACUACCGCGGGCUCUACAACCAGGGCGCCACCUGCUACAUGAACAGCCUCCUGCAGACCCUGUUCAUGACCCCCGAGUUCCGGCGCAGCCUGUACCUGUGGAAGGGCGGCAAGGGCCUCACGCAGGAGGAGGAGGACGACAGCAUCCCGCUGCAGCUCCAGCGGCUGUUCGCGCGGCUCCAGUUCGGCGAGGGCUCGGCCGUCUCGACGCAGGCGCUGACCAAGAGCUUCGGCUGGGACAGCGGGCAGUCGUUCGUGCAGCAGGACGCCCAGGAACUGUGUCGCGUGCUGUUCGACGUCAUCGAGGAACACUUUGCCGGCACGUCCGAAGAACAUGUCAUCCAGGAACUGUACCAAGGGCGGGUGAAGGACUACGUACAGUGUACAGUAUGCGGCUACGAGUCCUCGCGUCCGGACAAGUUUCUCGACAUAUCGCUGGACAUCCAUCAGGUCAGCAACCUCACCGAAGCGCUCGACAAGUUCGUCACCCCCGAAAUCCUCUCCGGCUCCUCUCGCUGGCGAUGCUCCAAAUGCGACGCAUUGGUCGAUGCGCGCAAGGGCCUCAAGAUCGUGGAGCUGCCCUACAUCCUCAUGGUGCAGCUCAAGCGCUUCGACUACGACUACGACCGCGACCACCGCAUCAAGCUCAACCACCUGGUCGAAUUCCCCUACCACCUCAGCCUGGACAAGUACGUCGACGACUCCUUCGAGCCCGAGGCCAUCACCCACCCAGACACCCCCGCUCGAGGCAAGGGAAGUGGGAGCGAGGGCGCCAGCUUGAUGGGCGGGAAGACGAUCCGCGAGCAGAGGCAGGUGCUGCAGGACAGUGUGGCGAGGCUGCAGGAGUCGCUCCUGGACCCGCCCAGCGAGCUGCUGGCCGACCACUACCGGAGCGAGAUCGAGCGCCAUCAGGCCACUCUCAAGCUGCUGGACGAGCAGGAGAGCAAGGAGCGCGAGGAGGCCGCCAACCAGGCACUGGCCGCCGCCGAGGAGGAGAUCGCCAAGGGCAAGGAGGCGGCCAAGGACCACGACGACGAUGGCACAUCGAAGGCGACCACCAACAAGAAGAGAAAGGGGGACACGAAGAGCGAGACGAUGGUCAGCGGGGCCGACGAGACGAAGGGCCACAGCUCGGGUCUGGACACGAUGGAGUCGUCGACCACUGCGCCCGACCACUCGUACAAGCUCUACUCGGUGCUGGUGCACAGCGGCUCGGCGACGGGCGGCCACUACUACGCCUACAUCAAGUCCUUUGAGAAGAACAAGUGGUAUGAGUUCAACGACAGCUACGUGACCGAAGUGUCGGAAGACAAGGUCAAGCAGGCCUACGGCUCGGAUGGCAGCGGUUCGAUUAUGGGCACCUCCUGGGGAUGCUCCGCCUACAUGCUCUGCUACAGGCGCGUUGAUGCGGACCGCAACAUCAGCUCGGUGCUGGCGGAGGAGGUGGACGAAGAACUCAGGAACAUCAAGGACGUCGAAUCGGCCGCCACGCCGUGGACGUUCAACUUUGCGGAGAAGGACAAGAGGAAGUGGCGCCGAGACAGCAGCGACGACGAGGCCGACAACGAACGAGGCGCGCCACCUUCUUCUUCUUCUGCCCGUUGCUUGCUCGGUGAUGGGUGA